AUGGCGGCACCCGAUAACGAUCCCCCGGCAGUAUCGGGCCUCCCAGAGGCGGUAUCUGAGUACUCUCCGUCUGUCCAUCAUUCUUCGAAUAGCAUCCAGCCUGAGCUUCUAAGUUCUACCGCUUCUACUUCUGCUACUGCUUCUGCCGCUGGUUCGAAUGCAGGUAGUCCAGUCUCGCGCCAAUUGCUAGAGGAGGAAGACGAAGAGAUGGCGCCCGCUCCGCGUCGCGAGCUCCUACACAAGGAUCACUUUGCAUUUGUGUUUGGGAGCGUGAAGACCCAAAACUACUUAGACCCUGUCUCCAAGGGACCAGGCUCUCACACGAUCCGCACUCUUGCUUGGAACCCCACGGGCCAGCUGAUUGCGACUGGCUCAGCAGAUCGCACUUUACGAAUCUGGAACCCGGACCGUCCUCAUGUACGAUACUCUACUGAAUUGCGCGGCCACACCGCUGGUAUUGAGAAGGCUCUUUUCAACCCAGUCCGCGAUGCGGAGCUAGCUAGUUGCUCGGCUGAUGGUACAGUGCGCUUCUGGGAUGUGCGCUCCAAGACAUGUGUGAGCCGUCUCGAUGUCGGCGGCGAAGCAUUUACACUCUCCUGGUCUGCUGACGGCAGCACAAUGAUCGUCGGCAAGAAGGACGACACCUUGAUCCCCAUCUCCGUUCAAUUCCCCUCCUCUCCUACCACCCACCCCGAUGGCGUGAACGCCCUCAACCUCCCCUCCUCUACACCCGGCGCAACCACAUACACAGCUCUCGACCCUCAUCCUCAGACCGUCCAAACAAAUGCGACAACCUUCUCCUGGUGCAUGCCGACACCCGAACGUCCGGAGCAGCAUGUAUUUGUGACUACUGGUGAAGGCAAGGUCAAAAUCAUGUCCUACCCUUCCUUCGAUAUUAUGCACACUCUCAACGCCCACACCUCGGCCUGCCUUUCAAUUGCACUCGCCCCGACAGGCCGAUACCUCGCAGUUGGCGGAAGCGACGCUCUCAUCUCCCUCUGGGACACAACCGACUGGAUCUGUCGUCGCACUUUGUCCAGCGAAAAUGGUGGCGCUAUUCGUGGCGUGAGCUGGAGCUUCGAUGGCCGCUUCAUUGUUGGCGCAUGCGAUGAGAUUGGAUGUGGUGGUAAUGGACUGGAGAUCUUCCAUGCUGAGUCUGGUGAUAGCAUUUACACAAUUCCUACUGCUGGUGUCAAUGCUGGUGUCUCUGCUGUUGCGUGGCAUCCCUCUCGCUACUGGCUCGCUUACUCGACUACCACUGAUGGACCUGGUAGUUCCAGCGCUGGAGGCUUGAAGAUUGUCGGUGCUGCUGGUGGUGGUCUGUAA